AUGUUUGGCGGAUCAGGGAGUGAUGGCGGAGGCAAGAUGUGGGACGCCAAUGCACCGGGGAAGAAUAUACCGCCGACAAGCUCCAACUCCACCACGUCCACCGGCAUUUACGCGGCGAUGCAGACGCCGGGCACCGCGAGCGUGCCGAAUGCGACCUACCAGGCGCAGCGGCCCCACGCCAUCCCGCUCGAGUCGGGAUUCAUGGGCGACGCGCGCGCUGCACGCUACUCGGGCCUGCACACGCCGGGGGGGGCGACACUAACGACCGAGCCCCGGGGGGGCGCGAUGCUCAUGCCGGGCACCAGUGCGUACCCCCAGUCCUUUGCGCAGAUGGGCGCAAUGGCGGGCAAUGCGCGGCCUGCGCUCCCUGUCCAGGCGCCUGCACGCCCGCCAGGGCCACGCCGGGGGCGCCCGCCACGCAACCCCCGCCCCCCUGCACAGACCACGCAGCCGGGGGGGCAGGACGAGUCCGCGCCGUACAUGGCCCGGCCGCCGAGCGGCGCGAUGCCGUUUACCCCAUCGCUGAGCGCGCCGCAGCAACAGGCGCUCAUGGCGCGCGCCGUGCAGCUGGUCAAGGCGCAGGACCAGCCCAGCUUUACGCCGCUCCACGCGCUCCUCCAGAUGGGCUUUGUGUUUGUGCGCAACGCACAGCUGCCGAACGCGCCGCCGAACGCGCAGGCGGGUGGCACGAUCCUGCGUGCAGACGAGGCCGCGGCACUCGGCCUGCUUCCGCCCCAGGCGCAAGGCGUCCGGCCGCCCGCACCACUGGGCUAUGGCCAAAACGUGCCGUUUGGGCGCCCGAUGCCGUUCGAGCCGGCGGUCCACCCAGAGGACAAGGCGCCUGCCGCGAUCCUGCCGGGCGCCCCGGCGAACGUGCCGCUCGUGCGCGGCGGCGCGCCGCCGCCCAAGUCGGCCGCCGGCGUGCCGGUCACGCCGCAAAACACACGCCUGACGCCGCUCCCAAGCGCCACGACGCAACCCUACCCGUGGGCGGCUCUCGCUCCGGCGGAAGUCGCGGAGCUCGAAGAGAUCAUGCGCACCGACGCCAAGUUUUUGCCGGUGCUGCAGGCGCAGCACAAGCGCGGCGAGGCCGAGCUGUAUGUGCACGCGGCCGGCGUGAUGCACCCGCCCCUGCCGCAGGUCCCGCCCAAGGCCGUGCCGUGGUGGGAAAAGGCGGCGCACGAGCCGAAUGCGCCGCGCAUCUCGGAGCCGCUGCGCAUCAUCUAUCCUGCGCAGCGGCAGCGGGCGCAAGAGCAAGGUGUGCGUGGCGUACGUGCUGCCGUGCCGCUGAGUGGCGCCGAGAUUGAGCGCGUUGCAAAUACCCCCGAGUCGCUCGUCCCCAUCCGUCUGGAGCUGGACCACGAGCCGUUCAAGCUGCGCGACACGUUUACGUGGAACGCGGCCGAGGACGACGCGUCGCUCGAGGCGUUUGCGGUGGCUAUUUGCGAGGAUAUGGGGCUGCCCGUCGCCGUAUUUGUGCCGCUGAUCAAAGGGGCCGUGCAGGCGCAGGUGAACGAGUAUGCGGCUGCGAUGGCGCUGCGCCCCGAGCCGGGCCUGCAUGGCGAUAGCGGCGAUGCGACCGGCAAGGCUGGGCAAGGGACUCUGGGCACCGAUGGCGAGCGGAUAUGGCAGCGCCUGCGCACCGAUGUGCUCCAUGGGGGCGAGGCGGAGCACGAGGAGCAAGACAUCGAGCACGAGGCCGAGCCACAGGAGGACACGGGGCACGCCGGCAAGGGCGACGACGAGGCCACCGUCAAGCGCGAGGGCGAGGACGUGGUCCCUGCCGAAAACGCGCCGGCGCCCGACGCAAAAGAUACACCCCGCAGCGACGCUGCGCUGCCCACCACCGAUCCGCAUCCAGCGCGCGUGGAGAGCACGCUGGACCAGGACCUGCGUGACGAGCUGCGCAUCCUGAUCAAGCUUGAUAUCCUCGUCGGCGCGCAGAAUCUCGUCGACCAGUUUGAGUGGGAUAUCCUGAGCGCCGACUCGAUGGGCGCCGAGCGCUUUGCCGAGGCGUUUGCCGCGGACCUCGGCCUGCCCGGCGAGUUCAAGACGGCGAUUGUGCACGCGAUCCGCGAGCAGGUCAGCACGCACCUGCGCCUCUUGUUCGUCCUGGGCUACCCCUUUAAUAAGUUGGCGUCGAUGGACGAGGAGAUCCGCACCGCCUUUUUGCCGGACGUCGACGCGGCGCAGCUCGCGCGCCGCCACGGCGAGGUGGAUGCGUACACGCCCAAGCUCGUGCAGCUCACGCCGACCGACGCGCUGCACCUCGAGCGCGAGCACGAGCGCGAGAUGCGGCGCAAGCGGCGGCAGACCAAGGGGCGGCGUGGCAUCAACCUUGCCGAGCGCGAGCCGCAACGCACGAUCCGCUCCGUGCCCGUGUAUGGCCUGCAAGGCGGCGUCCCCGACGCGACGAGUGCCGGGCAUUCGUCGCGCCGCGCGGCCGCCGCCGCGGCGAGCGCGAGCAUCGCGUCACUCGGCGAGCCGAUGGACGACACCAGCUCGCCCGCGCCGCAGAAACGCAUCCGCACCGACCGCCAAGAGGUGCACUUUCGGUACCCCGGCGGCCUCGGCGCGGCGGACGCGCCGGCCGUGCCGCACUUCCGCUCGCGGACGCUCGCGCAGACGCCGCUCGACGCGCUGGGCCGGCGCACGCCCGCGCAGGCCCCGCCGCCGACCGAAAGCGCGCCGCGCGGGCGCCCGCCAAAGGACCGGUCGACCGACGUGUCGCUUGCGCGUGGCGCGCGGCCGGAAGACCUCGAGCGGCAGCACCCCAACAUGUUUGACGGCGUGUGGCACUGCGGCAACUGCGGCCUGCCUGGCUACCUUGCGCCCGGCCGCCGCAAAGGGCCUGCCGGCGAAAAGACGCUGUGUGGCCCGUGCGGCAAGUACUACCACCGGCACCGCCGCAUGGAGAGCGUGACGUACACGCGCGACCCCGCGUACCACAUCAAGCGGCUGAAGCGCGUCGCGCCCGACGACGCGGCGGACGCCGCGAUGGGCGACUCGACCGAGCUGCCGCUCCUGCCCGAGGACAGCGACAGCGACGCGCUCGAGGCGCCUCCGCAGCCCCCCCGCUGGCUCGUCGCGGCGGCCGAGGCGUCACGGCGCAAAUACCCCAACGACCUCUUCCAGGUGCAGCUGCGCCCGCGCCUCCCCGACGCGCCCGAGCCGGCGGAGGAGUGGCGCAUCAAGUGCGCUGACUGCCCUGGCAAGGUGUACAAGCCGGGCCCCGGCGAGUCGCUGAUCAACUUUGAGAUCCAUCUAAAGAACCGCAGCCACCGUGCGGCCGUCGCGCGCCGCCUCGGUUCGGCGCCAUAG